GGUCGAGGAGCGAAAGAAUGCAGGCCGACGUCGUCGUGCGAUGCAGGGCAGCGGUCCGUGCUUGGGUGUGAGCAUCGCAACUGCGUCAAGUGACGAUGAAGCCCCACUCGAAGAGAGCCGCAACCUUGUGCUACGCAUGCGUACUCGCCCUCGGAGUGACUGAGGCUAGCAUCGUUCAGACGGUGCUGGACAAGAGCCAUCGGCUACUGCUGAACAUGGCGGCCAAGAUGCCCAACCUGGUGCCCCGCAUGGACGCCCAGGAGUGCCUCAAGAGGACCGUCUGCGAAGCACACAACAAGCCCGGACGGUACGGGCUGAUCGGCAUCGCGCUGCAGCUCUUCUUCCCGCCGUUUCGACCGGGUGACGCCGAAGGGAUACCGUCGUCACCUUUGCAGCUGGCGGCGCGUUACGGCCGGGAGCCGAGCGCCGACUGCGGCAGACAGUACGACGGCUGCUUCCUGGACCCACUGCAGACGCUGCAGGCUGCUGUCAACUACUUCCUGCGCAGACCAGGUUCUUCAGCGGUGCUCAGCAGCACUGAAAAGCCCGGUAUCGUCUGGGGCACACCGGUGGUCGAGCCCAUCACUGCCGACAAGAGGAGAAACAUAAUAGGACAGCAACUCAGCGUGUUAUUUGGGAGAAGACAAGGACUGACCCGUGGCAUGAGUGAUCGGCGCACGUCGCGACUGCACUGCACCCCGUGA